GCACCGCACCGGAAGCCACAAGGACUGUUCUCCUCGCCAUCAGCGAGGAGGAUGCAGCACAGGCGGCCGUGUUUUCGGCUAUCACUCGCGACGCCGUGCCCUGCGAGCUGGUUCCCUGCAAAACCCCGCAGGCCGCCAUGGACUGGCUCAAGGACAAGGUGCCAGCACCAGCUGUCAGCGAGGCCCCGCAGUCGCCGCAAAGAGCGGCGGUCAGCUCGCCGGGGUUUGCCUCUGAAGCGGAGGUCCGAGCUCUGAAGCAGGAGUUGGCGAGACACCGCAGCAAGCAGCAGUAUGUCCUCGAGCGAUUGAAGAUGCAGAUCAAGAUCGACGCGGCGCUGCAGAGCCAGACUGCCUCACCUGCCGCAGCUGGUGGCGAUGCAAGGGGAGGCUCCCCGAGUCGCGCCUCAUGA